UUCGUACUGAAUAAAUAUUAGUUGCGCUGAACUUUCAUGCCGAACGGUUGCCUGCUCCCCAAACAAAUAUUAGAAAUAAGAACAGUGAUCGCACAGUUUGCACAUGCUAAGUGAGAAUACCAUGACGUCAUUAGGCGUAAAAGUGCUUUUGUGGAUCUUUUUGGCCUGCCUAAUUUGGGAAACUACUUAUUCGCAGGCAGCCUCCAUCGAUGAACAGUGCAUGCACGCGGACAGCUGUGAAAGGUGUUUAUCCGCGCACCUGGAGUGCGCCUGGUGCACGGACAAGGAAUAUCAAGUGGGCUAUCGAUGUCUUUCCCGCUCUAAACUCCUGGAGUACAACUGCAGUAAGUCGGAUAUAUACGAGAAUCAGCCGUCCUUAGAUGUCCUGCAGAAUAAACCUCUAAAGGACUUCGAAAGCAGCGAUCAGGCGGUUCAGGUGACGCCGCAGCGAGCCAAACUAAAGUUGGUCAAAGGAAACACGCAACAAAUCAAGCUGAGCUAUAGAACGGCACGCAAUAAUCCACUCGACUUGUACGUGUUGAUGGACCUCACCUGGACGAUGAGGGACGACAAGGAAACGCUGGAGGAGUUGGGAGCGCAACUCAGUCAGACGCUGAGGAACUUAACGGCCAACUAUCGACUGGGAUUCGGUUCCUUUGCCGACAAGCCAAUUUUCCCGAUGAUACUCCCACAGCAUGCGGAGAAUCCGUGUGCUGCGGAGCGGACCAAGUGUGAACCCACCUAUGGAUAUAGACACCAGUUGUCGUUGACCGAUCAGAUCCAUGAUUUCACCUCGGCUGUGGCCAAUAGUAAGAUCACAGGAAAUUUGGACAAUCUCGAAGGUGGCUUGGACGCUUUAAUGCAGGUCAUAGUGUGCACCAAGGAAAUCGGUUGGAAUCAGGGAGCCCGAAAAGUGGUGAUCCUGGUAACCGAUGGUUUUAUGCACCUGGCUGGAGAGGGACUUCUGGCUGGUAUUACUCAGCCCAACGACAAGCAAUGCCAUUUAAAUAAGGACGGAGAAUAUACGGCGUCCUUGGACUUUGACUAUCCCUCGCUGGAGGAAAUCUACAGGGAAUUAUUGCGCCGCAAGAUCAAUGUGAUUUUCGCUGUUACCAGAGAGGUUGAAUACAGCUACAGGGAACUCAGCGACUUGAUGAGGGAAAUCACUUAUGUGGACAGACUGAGUGCUGACUCCUCGAACAUCUUGGAACUUAUCAAGAAGAGUUAUGAAAGCCUACUUAAACGCACUCAGUUCGUCGAUAAUAGCCCGGACUUCAUCGAGAUGGUCUACUAUACGGAUUGUGGCGGUCAGUUUCCCAGUUUGCAGAAGAGAAGUUUCUGCAAUAAUGUCAGCCUGGGCAAGCAGAUCGAUUUCUAUGUGGACGUCACCCUCAAAAGAUAUCCAGACAAUGGAGUAUAUAACCACAAAAUCCGGGUAGAGGAAGCCUCCUUGAGUGAGCACAUGGACUUGGACGUCGAGCUGCAGCGCUCUUGUCCGUGCCAGGAAAUACCGGAUCCGGAGAGCAUAGAAGGCCGUUUCCAGUGCAAUGACCAGGGCUACAUGUACUGCGGAAUGUGCACGUGCGACAGAAAUUGGACUGGCCCCUUCUGCACCUGUCCCACGGACGCCACAAAUGUCACCAACAACGAGUCCCUGCUCCAGAAAUGCCGUCAACCCUUUUCGGAUAAAACCAAGUCGGAGCUGGUCUGCUCCAAUCACGGGGACUGCGAUUGCGGGAGUUGCCUAUGUGAUCCGGGAUACACGGGUCCAUUUUGCGAGUGCCGCGAGUGCUACGAUUGUGAUGAGAAGCUAGCAGAAUGCUUCUGCGGCCAGUGCGUUUGCAAGUACGGAUGGUCGGGCACCAAAUGCAAUUGCGAUGGAGCCACUGAUGCCUGUGUGGGACCCACGGCGGAAAUUUGCUCACAAAGAGGCCACUGUGAGUGCGAGGAAUGCCUGUGCGAUGAGCCCUACCUUGGAAAAUUCUGCGAAAUCGAUCCCGAAAAGGACAACAAACUCUGUCUGUUCUACGAGCCCUGCGUCACCUGCUUGAUUCAGCAGAAACAGGGAAUGGGCGAAUGUGACAACCUGACCGAAAUAUGCAGCAGUUUGGAUAGACAAGACAAAUUCACGCCGCGUUUUGUGGCAGAACUGGAUCCCGAGCAGGAUCCCUGCUUGGUGCGAAUUGUGAACAAACAUGGCAUCCAAUGUGACAGCUUCUUUGUCUAUCAGGUCAUCGACCAUGCAAAUUAUCUGAUUAUCCAGGAUGCCGAGUGCCAGCCAGUGGAUUAUGUGGCCCUGGUUGGUUAUAUAUCGGCAUUUACCCUGCUCAUUGGACUCCUGAUUAUGUGCCUAAUUCAGUGGUGCAUUCGGGCGAAAGAUGCGAGGGAAUAUGCCAAGUUUGAGGAGGAGCAAAGCAAAAGUGUGCGAUACAAUAAUCCCAUUUACAGGGAUCCCGUGGGUAGAUACGAAGUGCCCAAGGCUCUAAGUGUCAAAUAUGAUGAGAAUCCAUUUGCCAGCUGAUCUAAUUUAAGUUUUUAGAACAUGGCUAAGACAAUCAUUAUAAUAUAAGUAUUAGAAAUUUACAACAUUAAUUAAUUUUAUAAUGUUUACCAGCUAAUAAUAUGUUUAGGUACUCUUAAUACCUCUUCGCCUAAGUUAGGCAAAACAACGUUCUUAAAUAUAACAAUCACAUUUGUAUUAGAAAACCACACCAGAACAAAUGACACCAAACUCAUUGUUUUCAUAUAAUAUAUUUUGAACAUAAAUUUGUUUUUUAUACAUAAAAUUGGAUGAAUUUGUUCAGUAAUUCCUAUACAAUA